AUACGCAGCCAGCGCAAACUUGACCAUCCAUGAAGUUCGCUCAUUCCAUCAAGUUCAACGCGGUGCCAGAGUGGCAGGACAACUAUGUCAACUACACCGGCUUGAAGAAGCAGAUAUACAAGCUUCAACAGGACCAGUUGGCGGUUUCAGAGCCAAAUGACGGUUCUUACGACUUGCAGCAAGUAAACCCCACCACGGUUAGUGAGCUUGUUGAGAGUUACAAAUUCAACAAGAAAAAGGAGAACAAACAAGUAACUGAGCACAAGGCCAGGGAUGAAGAGGAGGCCAUCCAGGGAACCAGUCGCUUUAGAUCGAAGAUGUUGAGAAAGUUCAAAAAGAACCAAGAAGACAACUUCGAUGAGGUCAGUGCCACCCCCACUCCCGACGAAAAGCUGAGCUCGGUUGAGUUCACCAGCGUGGACGUCGAAAACUCUACCAUCGUUUCUUUUGGCAACGACGACGAAGAAACAGACACUGAAAGUCGUGGGGACUACUCCAACCCAGAAUCUUCUGAGUUUGAUCCCCUCAAAGUAUUUGCCAAGAAGCUUUUGAUUGAAUUACAAAGAAUCACCGAUUUCUAUACCGGCAAGGAAAAAGAUCUUCUCACCGAGUAUGACAACUUGAUGCAGGACUUGAAGGCCCACAACGUCCACAUUGAUGAAGUUUUCAAGUUCACUCAGGCCUACAACUACGACAACCCGGAGAUUGUAGCUAACGACGAACACCACCAAUAUAACGUCAAGUCUACCCUCUCGAGAACCACCACCAAUGCCUCUGUGUUUGACCAUAUCAACCACUUGGAUAACGACUACGACAAGGACUUGGAGAAGCAAGACUACAAGGUCGCUGAGGAGGAUGACGAUGACGAUGACGAUGAUGAUGACGACGACGAAGAAGACGAGUACAACCAACAGGCCACGGCUCUUCUCAACCACACCGACUUCAACGUCAAGCAGCAGGUGAAGAUCACGCUUAAGAGAAAGUCUGGUGCGCUUUUCAUCGCCCUUUCCGAGCUCAAGUCGUUCAUCGAGUUGAACCGCAUUGGUUUCACCAAGAUUUGUAAAAAGUUCGACAAGACUUGUAACUACGCCAUCAAGUCCGACUUCAUCAACAACUACUUGCCUGCACACUCGCGGGUGUUCGUCCCAGAAACCCUCAAGAACUUGGACUUCUGUCUAGACGAGCUUGUCAAAGUGUACGCAUUCUUGUCAGGAAAAUUGGGUGCAAAAACCACCUCCCAGGACUUAGACUACAUUCGUGCUGAGCUCAAGUCCCGUCUCCGUGAUCAUAUCGUGUGGGAGCGUAACACCGUCUGGAAGGAUCUCUUGUCGUUGGAGAAGCGUUCGUACAAUCUCAAUGUGGAUGCUGUCCAGUCCAAGAAGAUGGGCGAUGAAUCCGUCCACGAUUCCAUGUUGCACAUCAGAAUGCGUCAGCUUCAGGUAGGUAAGUUCUCUGUGAUGGUCCCAGCAUCCUUUGUUUCAUGGCAGAUCGUCAAGUUGGUGGUCACUGCCAUUGUUUUCGCCAUCUUGAUCUCUGUAAAGACCUUCAACGACCCCCAGCAGGGCCGUUGUCUUGCUGUGUUGGUGGCACUGGCCAUGUUAUGGGCUUCUGAAGCGUUGCCUUUAUACACCACAGCUAUGCUUGUUCCGCUUCUUGUCGUCACCUGUCGUGUGCUUAAGAACACCGAUGGGUCUGAAAUGAAAGCCGUUGAUGCCUCCAAGUUCAUCCUCUCUGCCAUGUGGGGUUCGGUUAUCAUGAUUUUGAUCGGAGGUUUCACCUUGGCUGCUGCUUUGUCCAAGUAUAACGUCGCCAAAGUGUUGUCUUCAUACAUUCUUGCAUUUGCGGGCACCAAACCUCGGAACGUGUUGCUUUCCAUUAUGGCAGUGUCGCUCUUCUUGGCCAUGUGGAUUUCCAACGUGGCUGCUCCUGUGCUUUGCUUUUCGUUGAUCCAGCCAGUGUUGAGAACUUUGCCUACUGACUCGCCCAUGGCCAAGGCUUUGGUUCUUGGAAUUGCGUUGGCGUCCAACGUAGCUGGUAUGGCUUCUCCUAUUGCAUCUCCUCAGAACGUCAUUGCCAUCGAGGCCAUGGACCCCAACCCAGGAUGGGGCAAGUGGUUUGCCGUGGCCUUGCCUGUGUCAAUCAUUUCGUUGUUGGGAAUCUGGGGUGAGUUGAUCCUCACGUUCAACAUCUCCAAGGUCAAGAUCAAGGCCUACAAGCCCAUCAAGGAAAAGUUCACCAGCAAGCAAAUCUUCGUGUCUUCUGUCACCAUCACCACCAUUAUCUUGUGGUGUGUCAUGACCCAGAUCGAACUGACUUUUGGGGAAUCGGGAAUUAUUUCUAUCAUUCCUAUCGUGUUGUUCUUUGGAUCGGGUCUCUUGAAGACUGACGACUUGAACAAUUUCCCUUGGAACAUCGUGUGGCUUGCAAUGGGUGGUCUUGCCCUUGGAAGAGCCGUCUCUUCGUCGGGGUUGCUUGCCACCAUUGCCAAAGCCUUGCAGAAGAAAAUCAUGGACUUCAAUGUCUUUGUCAUUUUGAUCAUUUUUGGUGCUCUUAUUCUUGUUGUGGCUACCUUCGUGAGUCACACCGUUGCAGCCUUGAUCAUCAUUCCAUUGGUCAAGGAAGUCGGUGAGACCUUGCCUACUCCACAUCCAUUGAUCUUGGUCAUGGGUACUGCCUUGAUUGCCUCCUCAGCCAUGGGUUUGCCAACGUCUGGAUUCCCCAACGUGACAGCCAUCAGUAUGACAGACGAGGUAGGCAAGCCGUACCUUACGGUGAACACCUUCAUCACUCGUGGUGUUCCAGCAUCCAUCAUUGCCUAUAUUGUGGUUGUCACUGUAGGUUAUGGUAUCAUGAGUGCCUUGAACUUUUAAAAUUAGAGAGUGUUGUGUACAAUAUUAUAGAAUGAAUGCAUGAGGAAACUAGCAUUUGUAGGAGAUGGUAGA